UCUCUCCGUUCUUCUCCGUCACUUGGUUCAAAUGUUGGAUCCCUCUUCUCAUCUCUGCGGUUCUGUCUCUCUCUCUCUCUCUUUGUGUAAUUAUUGAUUACACAUUCGGCAUAUGAUGAUUAUAUGACACUUAUGAAUUCAGUAAAACAGAUUACAUGAAUAUAGAAGAAUAUUUUGAAGAAGAUGAAGAACCACCUUUACUGCUCUGCCCCUGUCUGUCUGAUUCUGCUGGAGUUAUGGGGGACAUUAGCGGCGCAGUGUCGGUGGGAGGACGGGUGUGUGUGUCCACUCUGUCCAGCCGGGCAGGAGCCCACCACGGCUUGUGGGGAAGUUGAGGGUCCUGGUGAGGCCGGAUUGUGCCGGACUUGCCCAGCAGGCACCUUCUCUGAUAACCGUGACCCUGAGCCGUGCCGCCCACAUAUCUCCUGCAGUGGACUCAACCGCUGGAUCACCACCGCACCGACCUCACACUCUGACGCCGUGUGUGGAGGAUGCCUUCCCGGGUUUCACCCUGCUGCUAAACGGAAGUCCUCCACCCUCCACGCCUGCGUCAGGAAGCCAUACAGCCGGCGGAGACGUAACGCUGUUAGGAGCACCCCUAGCAGGUCUGGAGUGGGAGGUGCAAACGCCACCAACGUUCAAAAUCCCGAGGAGAAGAGCGCGGAGUAUGCUGUGUUUGCACUAGUGCCCAUCUUCUGUGUGAUGGGCCUGCUGGGAAUUCUCAUCUGCAACCUGCUCAAGAAGAAGGGCUACCGCUGCAACGCAGAGAAAGAGGGCAUUGACGCAGAAGCCGCCACUCCGCAGAAAGAAGCAAACCCUUGUCCAUACAUCGUUGAUGACCCCAAUGAAGACACCAUAAGCAUUUUGGUGAGGCUCAUCACAGAGAAGAAAGAAAACGCUGCUGCGCUGGAAGAACUUCUGCAGGAAUAUGAGGACAAACAGAUGGCCCUCAACAAGAGCUCAUCCAUCAAGUUUCCGGCUCUUCCUCAUUUCUCCCAGUUCCGUUCGUUGCCCCGGCUGUGUACCCACCAGCAUCAUUUGCACACUAUAAACGGGCUGGCCUCACGCUCCGGGCUCUGCUGUUCCCGCUGCAGUCAGAAGAAAUGGCCCGAGCUGCUGCUGCCCGCCCUGGCACUGCCCGCCGAUACGCACAAGAGCCCAACUAAUGUGGUCAAGACGCCGGAGGUCACCAUCCUGUCUGUAGGAAGGUUCCAAGUUGCUCAGAUCCCAGAAAUGAAGUCAGCAUCCAAGGAAGUCACCCAACCGGAAUCGAGCGAUACCGACUCCGUGGAUAGUGGCCACACUGAGCCCGCAGAAGAGCGUUCACUGCUGGGUGUGUCCUCUUCCUCUAACUCCUCUUCCUCAAAGUGCAGACAGGAGAUAAACAUAUGAAAGGUUGGAGAAGGACAUGCGCUGACAGGACUCGACCUUCGUGCAGAUGACAUCAUCAGUAGGCGACCGAUCAGGGCAGAUAUGUGGUGAUGUCAGUUCACCACCUUGAGGAGCCUUGAAUUCAAGACCUUAGAAAACAUUCGUAUUUAUUGCAUAAGUCAUAGAACUAUUUUAUUAAAAUACAAUAAGCUCGGUCUCUGCUCACAGAUGAUAGGAGACCGAAUGGCAUUUACUCACAACAAGACACUAAAGAUGUCUUAAGCGCAGCCUCUGCUGCCGAUUGACUUCUCGCACAAUCGA